CUUCCUCCGAUUUGACAAUAAACUUUAUGCCGUUAGCAACUGCACAUAGACAUCCUCCACCAACAAUAAUAUCAGGCUCUUCUCAUCAACAGCAGAGGCCCACUGUGGAUUUCAUGGUGCGGAGCCCGUACGAAAUCAUGUGCUCCAUAAUAAGUCAAUUAGAUGAAGCAACCAUGGCACGAUGUUUGGAUGUCUGUCAUAUCUGGCGCUACAAGCUAUUGAACUGCGCAGACUUGUGGGAUAACAUUACUAUCGAUGACCAGCAAAACACACCGGAAAUGCAUAAGAUCCUUCAUCUGCUUCCAGCUAUGUCCAGACAUAUAAAAAAGCUACGUAUCACUGCUUUGCCCGAAAGUGUCAAGCAACACCUCGAAUUGAUUGGAGCCAAUAAUUUUUCCAGCCUGCGAUCGUUGACUUUUUCCUAUAGCGAUGAUGGGCCAUUUCUCGACUUGACCGAAAUAUUAUACACUGCUCUACCUCACAUUGCACACACUUUAACCAGGCUGGACCUGAACUCGCGGUCGUUCAUGCAUGUUUCUAUCGGACGUAUAUUGUCGACUUGCCGAAAGCUCAAUGUUAUAAAACUCAACGUCCUUUCACUCAACUACAACGACGAGGAAUGGUCCGUUUUUUCUAUUCCUGGCAACAACAGCAACGUUGCAGCUUCAUUAUCAAGGAUCGAUAUUUUCUCGCGCAAUCCAGUACCAUUAUCGACCUUUAAACCGAUCUUUCACCACGCACCGCAUCUUCGACAUUUAAAACUAGAAUGCUUAUUUCUUGAUGGGGGCGAUAUCUUGUCAGUGCUUGGAAACGAUUGUCCCGAACUGGUGGAGAUACAGACAGGAUAUCUAAAUCUUCCACGUGAUACCCCCACCACCUCGUCAACCGCGGCAACGGCUACGACAGCGGUCAGCGAUAUCAACAGAAAGAAGAGCAAUGGAGCACUUGAAUGCUUAGUGCUAAGCGAAUUACGUUCGGCAAAGCCAUUGACCCAUCGACUAGCCAAGAGUGGUGACAGUCUACAAAAACUGGCGCUCACUAUGGACCCUGUUGGUAGUCAUGACAGUACGUUAGCUGAUUGGCGACCACUCUCAUCGAUCCCAAUGCACAAACUGACACAACUCUAUGUAUGCAACGGACCUCGGACGUUUUAUGAACACCUUCCUGCCAUUCUACGUUGCUGCCCGUCACUACGAUGGUUAGAGAUACAAAGCUAUCGGGUACGAAACGAUCGGUAUGAUGGAUUAGACGCGGUUAUGAGGGAUCAUCUGUUCGACGCAAUCGCGGGUUUAAGCAAACUAGAGACAUUACACUUGCAUGGGCUUGAUAUUCGCGGUCGAGGCUUUAAACGGUUGUUAGAGCAUUACCACUAUUGUUCCGCCAUGUUGAUGACGCGCCAUGAGCAAGAUCAAUCUGUCCCUUCAAACAUUCUUGGGCUACUCGGUGAUCUACAAGUCCAACGGUGCGAUGGCUUUACAGGAUCAGUUUUGCGAGACAUUGCAACGAUCCAAAGUUUGCAUACACUAUCUAUAGGCUGCUCGGCCAGUCAGCCAGUACAAGCAUCGGAUGUAACUGCAUUUGCACAUUCGAGCGCAGAAAAUUUAUCUUUGCUAUCAACUCUAGAACUCGGUGGAUUGCCACUGACGUUUGAGGCUGCUCAUCGUAUUGCCGCUUGCAAGAACCUGGAGAAGCUUACAUUGGAAGCUAUAGGAGGACUUACACUGGGACACAGCCAGCUUUUAAGAAAGCGCAUACGUACUGUAUAUAUUAAUGGUUAUUGAAUUGAAGUUUUGUGUUAUAAUCUUCAGAUGUUUAUGCAGUGCUUACCUUAUUAAAACGGGACUAAGAUGAGAAUCUUCCCCAUUUUGGAGCUCUUUAGAAGUCAGGCGAUUGUUUUAUCUUUUGCCAGCAAUUUGAUUCAAUCAAAUGUCAGUUUUC